CCAGCCAGGGCUGGCUCCAAAGCUAGCUUUCCUUACUAGGUUGUUUGCCACAUGAAAAGCAAAUUCCCAAAGGUUUCUGAGAUUGCUGAGAUCCGAUGCAAGAUGACUGCUCCCACCCACCGGCCCACCCACCCACUAAUAAGACAUUAUGCCAUCCUAUUUUUGGUAACAAUUAAAGGGCUCCCGGUGCAAGCAGAAAGCUGUUUAUUUUCUGUUACAUCACUUCGCUUUGCCUUCGAAGGCUGGUCUGUGCUCAGUGUUUUCGUGGUGAUGCAAGUCCGCUCUCUCCUCGAGCAGUUGGAUCCCUCCCAUCUCGCAGCACCUCACAGGUCUCUUCCCCGAGCAGUGCAUCGCUGGAGCGAGGAGCAGCUCACGAAUCAGCUGCAGGUCCCUGUUUUGAAAAGCAGAGAGACAGAGGCAGAGGAAAAGGGUGGACUCUUAUGUGACCUGGUCUUAAAGCAAGACAAUCACCAUCUGAAUUCCAGAAGCCCUGUUCAUGUUUGGGGAUAUUUUUUCGACUGCAUGGAAUCAGAGAGAAGCCAAAGGAUGGGAAAUGCCUGCAUCCCCCUGAAAAGAAUUGCUUAUUGCCUAUGUCUCUUAUCUGCGCUUUUGCUGACUGAGGGGAAGAAACCAGCGAAGCCAAAAUGCCCUGCCGUGUGUACUUGUACCAAAGAUAAUGCUUUAUGUGAGAAUGCCAGAUCCAUUCCACGCACCGUUCCUCCUGACGUUAUCUCAUUAUCCUUUGUGAGAUCUGGUUUUACUGAAAUCUCAGAAGGGAGUUUUUUAUUCACACCAUCGCUGCAGCUCUUGUUAUUCACAUCGAACUCAUUUGAUGUGAUCAGUGAUGAUGCUUUUAUUGGUCUCCCACAUCUAGAGUAUUUAUUCAUAGAAAACAACAACAUCAAGUCCAUUUCAAGACAUACUUUCCGGGGACUAAAGUCUUUAAUUCACCUGAGCCUUGCAAAUAACAACCUCCAGACUCUCCCAAAAGACAUUUUCAAAGGCCUGGAUUCUUUAACAAAUGUGGACCUGAGAGGUAAUUCAUUUAAUUGUGACUGUAAACUGAAGUGGCUGGUGGAAUGGCUAGGCCACACCAACGCAACUGUUGAAGACAUCUACUGUGAAGGCCCUCCAGAAUACAAGAAGCGCAAAAUCAAUAGUCUCUCCUCCAAGGAUUUUGAUUGCAUCAUUACAGAGUUUGCAAAGUUUCAAGACCUGCCUUUUCAAUCACUGUCCAUAGACACUUUUUCUUACAUGAACGAUGAGUAUGUAGUCAUCGCUCAGCCUUUCACUGGAAAGUGCAUUUUCCUUGAAUGGGACCAUGUAGAAAAGACCUUCCGGAAUUAUGACAACAUUACAGGCACGUCCACUGUAGUGUGCAAGCCUAUAGUCAUUGAAACUCAGCUCUAUGUUAUUGUGGCCCAGCUGUUCGGCGGCUCUCACAUCUAUAAGAGAGACAGUUUUGCAAAUAAAUUCAUAAAAAUCCAGGAUAUUGAAAUUCUCAAAAUCCGAAAACCCAAUGACAUUGAAACAUUCAAGAUUGAAAACAACUGGUACUUUGUUGUUGCUGACAGUUCAAAAGCUGGUUUUACUACCAUUUAUAAAUGGAACGGAAAUGGAUUCUACUCCCAUCAAUCUUUACAUGCAUGGUACAGGGAUACUGAUGUGGAAUAUCUAGAAAUAGCCAGAACACCUCAGACACUCAGAACGCCUCAUUUAAUCCUGUCCAGUAGUUCCCAGCGUCCUGUAAUUUAUCAGUGGAACAAAGCAAUACAAUUAUUUACUAACCAAACUGACAUCCCUAACAUGGAAGAUGUAUAUGCCGUUAAGCACUUCUCAGUGAAAGGCGACGUGUACAUUUGCUUGACAAGAUUCAUUGGUGAUUCCAAAGUAAUGAAAUGGGGAGGCUCCUCAUUUCAGGAUAUUCAGAGGAUGCCAUCGCGAGGAUCCAUGGUGUUCCAGCCUCUUCAGAUAAAUAACUAUCAAUACGCAAUUCUUGGAAGUGAUUAUUCCUUUACUCAAGUGUAUAACUGGGAUGCAGAGAAAGCCAAAUUUGUAAAAUUUCAGGAAUUGAAUGUUCAGGCACCAAGAUCAUUCACGCAUGUGUCCAUUAAUAAGCGUAAUUUUCUCUUUGCUUCCAGUUUUAAGGGAAACACACAGAUUUACAAACAUGUCAUAGUUGACUUAAGCGCAUGACACAUGAAAUCCUGUGGCUGCCAUCAGAAACUUUCUGCAGUACAUGAUCCGGAUGAACUCAAUGCAUGAUGACUCUUCUUAUCACACUUGCAAAUGAAUGCCUUUCAAACACUGAGGCUGCUAGAACCAAGCACUACCCGUAAUCUCCACCCUUUCCUGUCCAGUCCAGUGGUGUGGGAAGUUACCUUUUAUAAGACAAAAUUGAAUUGUGUAACUGUUCUUUGCAGUGAAGAUGUGUAAAUAAGCGUUUAAUGGUAUCUGUUACUCCAAAAAGAAAUAUGAAUAUGUACUUUUCCAUUUAUUUAUUCAUGUGUUCAGAAACAACUGCCAAAUAAAAUGUUUACAUUUUCUUUCA